CUCAAUGAAAGAAAAUGAAAGGCAUUAAGAAAAGUCUUACAGAAGAAUAUCUAUACCUGGACUUUUCUCACCAAGCAGAAGGAUGCAUUCUUCCUCUUCAUACAUCUGUAACUUUAUUUUUGUUAUCAUACUGUGACUGCAAAAUCUUUAAAGUUUGCUUGGUCCUCACUGAAGAAGAUACCGAUACUUCACCACUAAGAGAUGUGCUGUCCCAGGACACUGAAGUCCAGAUUGUUUCAAGGCAAGAGCUUCCACCAAUAGUCCAGAAUUGCUGCUUACCUGCGGUAGUGGAACAGCCAGACAACUUCUGUAGAGCGGGACUUGCUGUUGUACUACGACACAUAGCCCAGAAAGCAUAUGAAACAGACCCCUCAAAGAAGGAAAUUCUGGAGCUUCUGGGUUUUAAAAAAACUUGUUUGAAAGCCUGUGCUGAAGUCAGCCAGUGGACCAGGCUGUGCGAGCUCACCAUCCCUCUGGCUAUUGAGAAUUUCCUCAGGGAGUCUUUGGUGCAGACCCCAGCCAUCCCCAUGGAAAUCCUGGAGCUGGAGAAGAAGCUGAGGGAGCCGGUAAGAGUGCACAAUGACGACAAACUCCGCAGGCAGAAGCUGAAGCAGCAGACCAAGGGACAAGUGAAGGGCCAAGGGCAACCUCUGGAAGCCUCAGAAGAGUCGGAUUAUGCGUCUCAGAGCCUGGAACUGAAAGUGGCCUUCUCCAAACUCAUGGUUCAGGAGGGGCAGGCUGCUAGCAGCAGGGAGCCUUCCCACAUCCGGAAGGCCAAAGCCUCAGACCUUCCUCCCCUGGAGCAUGUGUUUGCAGAAGGGCUUUUUUUCACCUUGGCGGAUAUCGUGCUCCUGCCCUGUGUCCACCACUUUCUGGUCGUUAUCUGCAAGAAAUUUUCUGAGAAGUUGACAGAGUUUCCUUUGUUAGCCUCUUGGUACCAGAGGAUUCAGGAAGUGCCCAGAGUGCAAACAGCUGCUUCUAAGUGUGGGAUCCAGUUUCUCCAGUUACCAGAGCUGUCAGCCACCCCCAAUGAACGCUGUCCACACUUAAGUGAAGCCCCUGGUGGAGAGGAGCAGAAUGAUCCUUUAUUUACUGGAGGACCAAGACCAACUAUGACCAAGUUAUUGGAAAAAGGCAUUGAAGUGGUGUUUUCUCCCCACCCCUGCCCUACGUGGACCCUUGACUGGAAUGGUCUUCCUGCUGCAGUGAGCCCAAAGGAAGGCCGGAUGUCCAGUGACCGAGCUCUGAGGAAGCAACAGCAGCUAAACAACCUUGUCUAUGUGGUGAUAAAUCAGGCCAAGCCCGGGGACAGAAUUGUGGAUUUCUGCAGCGGUGGGGGCCAUGUCGGACUUGUUCUCGCUCACGUGCUGCCAUCGUGCCAGGGGUCUGCAGGCAAGUGGAAGGGCCAAAUGGAACUAGAAGUGAGAGUGAGGGAAGCCUUUAUUCACCCGCUGUUCCUACUGAAGGCUGCUAACUUCUCCCCGACUUCUGCCUCACCGCUCCUGGUUAUAUUAAUAGAAAACAAGGAAUUAUCAUUAAUUCGUGCUAAGAAGAGAAGCGAUGAAUUAGGUUUAAGCAACAUUUGGUUCAUUCAAGCAAAUAUGGAGUAUUUUGCGGGAAUGUUUAAUAUUGGGGUGGCCUUGCAUGCUUGUGGAGUGGCAACAGACAUGGUGAUUGAACAGUGCAUCAAAACCCGGGCUUCCUUCGUCACCUGCCCCUGUUGUUAUGGUUUCAUCCAGAACACCUCAAAGUUCAACUUUCCAAAAAGUGAACAAUUCAAGAAAACUUUAUCAUACAAGGAACACAUGGUUCUGUGCAGGUUUGCAGAUCAGACAGCCGUCCAGCUCCCGCCCCAGCGCAGGAUCAUAGGAAAACAGUGCAUGUGCCUGGUGGAUUUGGACCGAGCAAGAGCUGCGGAAGAGCAUGGCUACUCUGUCCAAGUGAUAUCCAUGGAGCCGGAGAGCUGCUCCCCCAAAAAUAACAUGAUCGUGGGGGUCCCCGUGUAGACCUGCUGCGUGUGUUUGGAUGCGUUGCCACUGGCUUGACACCCGCAGGGCAGCACGAGCCCUCCUGAGCCUGUAGUGCUGAGGGAGGGAGCAAGGGGAAGCUGGAGCCAGGCUGCCUGUGCGCUGUAAAGGUUCUCAGGGUGACUGGGGCUGCUGGUUUCAGACUGAGAACAUCCGAAACCUCAGCUGCCAAGAGAAAAAUGCCAGUGAGGGCCCAGUGCUGGAGCAGGGUCCUUCUCAGUCCCUAAGCCUUGCCUGAUCUUGCCAGUGCGACAUUCAAUCCCAGAUAAAGUACCCGCGGGCCUUUAUUUUGUAUCACUGAGCCACUCACACCUGGAGACUGAAGCUGAACUCAGUGGGGUUUGUGUAUUUUAUAUUUUUAAGAAUUGUACUUUUUCUAUUAUUUUUUUUAAAUCUAGAAAGGCAUAGAUAAUAUGGUUAUUUUUAAGCUGGGGUUAGUUGAACCUUUGUAUGUCACUUAAUGUAGUCCAUUUAAGUUAAAUUACCAAAUAAGAUCACCCCUGGUUCAAACAUUUUAUGUGGGGAGAAUUGUGUGUUCUUAAAUUCUAACCAAAUAGUAAAUACACUGAUUACUUAACUCAACUUUAUAAGAGAGAAUUUGCAGUCCCAUAUUUUUAAGACCCUGCCCUGUAUUUUUCUGAAGAUACAAAAUCUUAUUUGAGUAAUUCUCCCUGACUAAAUUCUCCUUUUUUACCAGCCAGCAUCUUUAGAGGUGGCAGAUCCUCUCUCCCAUGCUGUUCACUUAACUUUGCAUGUCCUGAAUCAUUCCAUUUAAGAUUUCACCAGUUUUGAUGUUUCCAAUUCCUUUGCGACACAUCACAAGAAGACAAGACUUUGUUCGUCCUCAAGGGUUAGGGUCCGGGACUGGUUUAUAGGGCAGUAUGGAUGGAGCCAGGGGGGUUCUAGUCUUAUUUUGUGAGAUAAAAUUUAAGAAAAUAAGUAGCUAUUAGCCCUGAGAAUCUUAGCCAUUUGUGUCCAUGGAUCAACAUGCUUUUUUAUCCUGAACUUUCUUUUAAAUAAUGGAGGUAUAAUUUAUAUACAUCACAGUAACAGAUUUUUAAGCAUUUUAUUUGAAACUUUUGGCAGCUGUCCCACACAAUGACCAUUAAGUAAAAUGCCGAAUAUUUCCAUCAUAUGUUGUAAGACAUGUGCAUUGAGGCUAUUUCCCCAGCCUGUGACUUAUAUUUAUUUUCACAGUGUUCUGAUAUUGAUGAGGUUUAAUUCAUCUUUCUUCUUUUAUGCUGCCUAUUUCCUGUGUCCUCUCUAAUAAAUCUUUACCCAUCCUAAGAUUAGGAAGAUUUCUUUUUGUUGUCAUUGUUGUUGGGUUUUUUUGGUAAAACUUCACAGCCCUGCUUUUUAUAUUCAAGUCUGUGAACUGUCACAAAUCCUUAUUCACAUAAAGAAGUAGGCAUAUAUUAAGGAAUAUGUAGUUAUUUCAGCCCUCUGU